AUGGCACGUUGAUGUGAUAAAAACUCUGGACGAUUCAUUGUGAACGUUGCAAAAUAGUUAUAUUCUACAGAGAGAGACAUCGAUUGCAAUUUUCUUUCAUCAGUAAAUAAGUGUGAACAUUUUCGACAGAAACUAAGUUCUUGUAAUCACACUAAAAGAAAAAAAAACUAACGCAGUACAAUCUCUGUCAAAAGUUGCUAUGAACGCAUUCCCCGAAUUAGAGUUAACACAACUUUGCCCUUUCCUGUGGAAACGACCAUUGAAUAUUAUCUUCAAAUGACGACAUAGCCGAGUACGGAUAAGCACGUCCUGCUGAGGAUGUCAGAGACAGCCGAGCUUAGUGUCGGUUUUGAUGUUGAACGUUGCGAGUUGACGUUGUUUACGUACAGAAAGAAGUGUUCUCCAAAUAACUUGCGAUGUCUGUCGAUACGUUACCCGGAGAGAGAGGAGGAAACUUGAACGGAGUAAUGGAUGAGGAGGACGUUGUUAGGAGAAGAAAUGCAGUCCCUUACCCCUUGCAGGCCAAGAAGCUGAGAGACUUGUGCAGCGCCACAAACAACCUGGAAAGCGAAAGAAUUCAGGAGGUGGAGUUCCUCCUGGAGGAUUAUCCCGACAUCGUCAACAUGACUUCUGAGGAUGGCCAGACACCUCUUCACAGAGCUGCAAUUAACAAUCAGGCUUGGAUUAUUCCAACACUGUUACGCAACGGUGCUGAUCCGGAGUUUUAUGACGAUGCUGGUUUCACUCCACUUUUCCACACCAUCACACGACAGUCACUGGAGUGCUUUGAAACGCUUCUGGAAAGCGGAGUAGAUGUCAAUGUAAGUAGUGCAAAGGGCCAACCACCACUGCACUGCGCCGUGGAACACUAUUAUAAGCACGGGAGAAUGGUGGGAAAGCUCCUAAAAUGCGGCGCCGACGUGAACAAGGUAGACGAAGACAACCGCCAAACGCCACUUCACGUAGCUGCUCGUCUUGGGGUUGCCGUUAUUCUUCAAGAACUGCUCAACGCAAAGCCCAGGGACAUUAACGUACUCGAUGCAUCCAAACUGUCACCUCUGCACUUAGCUGCGGAAAAAGGUCAUCGUGAUUGCUGCGAGAUCCUUCUGGCAUCUGGGGCAAACAGUUCUGUUCGCAACAAGCUAAAGGAAACUCCACUGAUGUUAGCAGUAAAAAAUAGCUAUACCAAGACUUGUGAGGUUUUGCUUCAGAAUAACAAAGAAUCUGUAAACGAUGUUAACGAUGCUCACCAGACUCCAGUGAUUAUUGCUUCGAGUAGUAAAACAAAUGCUUCCGUUUUCGUCUUACAGUCACUUCUGAAGUAUGAUCCGGAUUUAAAAGCAACAUCAUCAGGUGGAGACACAGCAUUGCAUUAUGCUGCCAAAAAUGGCUUUGCUCAGAAGUGCCGUUACCUGAUGGAGGCUGGAGCUGACUGUAACUUAACAAACAAACUUAAGAUGACUCCAAUCCACUGCGCGGCAAAGAAGAACUCUGUUUCUUGUGUUGCUGCUCUUCUGGGUUUCUCCGAGGAAGAUAUUUGUGAUUUACUCUUUUCUCAGUCUGGUUCAGAGGAUACUCAUUCACAUUUUUCUCCUUCAAAUGAUAUCAGUCAAGAUGUAACAGAUUCUCGUCCUGGAGAUUAUGACACUCAUGAUUCACAAGACGUCAACGCUAAAGAUAAACAAGGCAUGACGCCCCUGCAUUAUGCAUUAAUGAAAAGCUCAGAAGAGUGUUGCAAGCUGCUGCUCAAGAAACGGGCUAAUGUUAAUCUCAAGAAUAAUAAAAAUAACACUCCACUGCACUUAGCAGCCGAAAGAGGACUAGCUAAAUGCUGUAUUUUGCUUCUUGCCAAAGGAGCAGAUGUCAAAGCGACCAACGAUGAAGAAAAGACGCCUCUUCAUUUGGCUGCAGCUGCAGGAUCUCGCGCUUGUUGUAAGAUCUUGAUGAAGAAAGGAGCCGAACUCGGUGCUGUUGACAAGAUGAAAAUGUCACCUUUGCACUAUGCUGCUAAAGUGGGUUCUGCGGAAUGUUGUGAAGUGCUGCUAAAGAGGGUUGAAAAGAACUUUGUAUCUUAUUCUGCUGAUACUCCAUUGCACCUUGCUGCUAAAGAUGGUUAUUUGAACUGUUGCGAGCAACUAGUUCAGAACACAUUUACAAUUAAAUACUUAUUGAGACGAAACAGAUAUGGACAGAUGCCCCACAAUGCAGCUUUUGACAACGGAAAAGAUGAUGCCUUCUGCUUCCUACUUCACAAGGCUGUAGAUUACAUCGUCAGAGAGGAGUCCUCAGAAAGGUUUGGAAGGUCACAGAGAAAAGACAGGCGCGAGGAUGAACCGAUUCUUAAACCUGCACUGAGCGACCUGCUCAAACAGAGUAUACAACAAAAAAGGAGUAGUGCAAUAGAUGCCAUUGUAAAAUGUCCCCAGUGGUUGGAAGCCCUUUCAUCGGAACACGAAAGAAGCUGUACAUCCAAUUUAUGUCGCCUUAUCAAGCAUUUUCCAGAAGCUGCCAAGGUUGUUCUUGAUGGAUGCAUAGACACUUCCCAAGAGGGUAGAAAGAUAUACAGAUUUAUCUUCCUCGAAAAUAUUUAUUUUUACUCAGACGCAAAUGACGCGACAGACCCAGGCAUUUUGGGACUGCGAAAUAUUUUCAUUAUAAAGAGGGCUUGUUCCUUUCUACGGCGGAACUUACUCUCCAAAACAACGGUUAGCGGCCUGAUUCUCCGAACUGUCGUCGCGAUGCGCAAGCGAUUUUUUCAGGCCGUCGGCGUCGUCCUGAAGUUUGCUUUUCAUCCGAAAAGCCUAAAGGAACACGAGAUGACUACCGAGGACGAGCAAACAAUCGGCGGAAUUCCCGAGUGGUCACCUUUUUUGUGCAACGGAAGCCUCAAACCUUCGGCUCGCGAGAGACCAGAGAGUGAGACUAGUGGACCGGAACACCCGUUGAUUUGCAUGGUCGAAAACCGGAGGCUGGAUCUACUUGGGCACGAAGUUUGCCAAAGACUUUUGAAAUACAAAUGGGACAGCUAUGUUAAGAGGAUAUCUUACGGGCUCCUCAUCUUCUCGGCGCUAUUCGUAGUCAUUUUAUCCAUCUAUGCGACAUUGGCUUAUGACUGGGUCUAUGUCCAUCGGGUCCACAACCUCACCAGAGAGAGUGUUUGUGGCCACCGAUGCUCUAACAGAGGUGGAGAGCAAGCCAGCUGUCCUAGCAAUGCUUCCGACCCUAACGGUAACCGUGAAUACUACUUUAGUCCUAAACCGGACCUGAUUGCUGAGGCGGAACUACUUCAGAGCAGUUUCCUUGAAUUCUGGCCUUGAUGCUACUUGUCAUCAACGUCACCAUAGAGUUGUUUCGGAUUCAUCGACUGUAUGUAGGCUACCGUCAGCUGAAGCGACUGGCCCCAGUCAUGAUCAGUUAUGUCUUUUCCGGUGUGCUACUUGUCAACUGGACGGAAUGCAACGUUGUCACUGAAAUAAGAGA